CUGGGAACUGGAAGGGGGGGGGGGACGCGCGAACGCGCAGCGCGAGCCCGCGUCCAAGCAGUCCCAAGUUCGGCCAUCGAAGAUCAACAAGUCGCCCACCUGCGGACCAGAAGGACUCAUGACGGCCCGCGGCCUCAGCUACGUGCGCGCGGCGCUCCGGACCGGCCUCGGCGGCCGGCUGCAGGUCAAAGCGUGUGCUCCGGCCUCUUGUCGACGGAAGUCCUCGCACACCGUGAGAAACGCAGACACGACAUUCUGGUCUCGGGCCACGUCGGCCUCUCGUCGCCAUCCCUCACUAACGUCCCUCCUUUGGUCUCCUCCGCCACAAAACCGUCUCUGCUCCGUCUGGACUCACCAGAUGAUCCCUCCGCCGGCGCAAUACGGAGGCAGGCACACCGUCACGCUGAUUCCCGGAGACGGCAUCGGGCCCGAGCUGCUCAACCACGUGCGGGAGCUGUUUCGGUUCUGUUGCGUCCCGGUGGACUUUGAGGUCGUCAACGUAGACUCGUCCGCGGCCUCGGAGGAUGACAUCAACAACGCCAUCAUGGCGAUCAGGCGCAACGGAGUCGCACUCAAAGGGAAUCUUGAGACCAACCACAAUUUACCCCCCUCCUACAAAUCCAGAAACAACCUGCUACGAACCACUUUGGAUCUGUACGCCAACGUGAUGCACUGCAAGUCUCUGCCCGGUGUGCCGAGCCGACAUCACGACGUCGACAUCGUGAUCAUCAGGGAGAACACGGAGGGCGAGUACACCAGCCUGGAACACGAGAAUGUUCCAGGAGUGGUGGAGUGUCUGAAGAUCAUCACCAGGAGCAAGUCUUUACGCAUCGCCGACUACGCCUUCAGAACCGCCCGCGAGAAAGGUCGCAGACGGGUGACCGCCGUGCACAAGGCCAACAUCAUGAAGUUGGCCGACGGCCUCUUCCUGGAGUGCUGUCGGGAGGUCGCCGGCGGUUUCCCGGAGAUCGCCUUCGACAGCAUGAUUGUGGACAACACCACCAUGCAGCUGGUUUCCAGGCCCCAGCAGUUCGACGUGAUGGUGAUGCCCAACCUGUACGGCAACGUGGUGAGCAACAUCUGCGCCGCGCUGGUGGGCGGACCCGGCCUGGUGCCCGGAGCCAACUACGGUCGGGAUUACGCUGUGUUUGAGACGGGCACCAGGAACACGGGCCGGAGCAUCGCCAACCGCAACACCGCCAACCCCACCGCCAUGCUCCUGGCUUCCUGCCUGCUGCUGGAUCACCUCAAGCUCAGCGCGUACGCCGCCAUGAUCCGCAGGGCCGUCCUCUCCACCGUCACCGAAACCCGGCUGCACACGCAGGACCUGGGUGGGCAAGGGUCCACGUCGGAAGUGGUCCACUUCAUCAUGGAGGCCAUCCAGCGCACCGGGCCGCUCACAGUGCGCGUCUAGAACGCGUGCAAACGUUGCACGCGGCCUCGCGCAACAUUUCGGAUGCGUCCGCGUGAGCGCUGCUAGUCGCUCUUGCUAGUGUUCGUACAAAAGUCAAGUUUACUUUUAAUUCUGAAUCAUAUCUGACUGCUAUUUAAUGAUAUUUUCUGCCCAGAUGAAAAGAACAAACCCAUAGAGCAAUAAACACUCUAAGAUCUGCUUUAGUGGGCCAUUUAACGUGGUGCAGUGGGCCAAAUCUGUCCCCCGAGCUGCGAGUUUGAUACUAGCUUUAUGGUAUUAUUGUUGACGUCAGGAUUGGGAUCCAAAUAUUUGUUAAUUAAUACAUCGUACUUCACAUCAGCAGAUUGAGUUUUGAACUGAGGCACAUUUGCCGCGUUGGCAUGUUGCUGUGAACUAUUUUAACGAACUUGUAGAGUUCAAAAUAAACCCAAACACACUAUAACUUA